CUGUAAGGUUGAUAAAUGCCUGCUCACAGAACAAGAAAGAGGCAGUGACUCAGUCUGCAUGUAUUACUGUGAUUAGAGAGCGCUGCUGCAGUACAAGAGGAGGAUGUAUGUGUGUGUGUGAGAGAGAGAGAGAGAGAGUGGGGGGGGAGCGCGAGAGCGAACCUUGGCGAGCGUCUCCGCUGGCGCGCGCGUCCGAGGUGCUUGCGAGUGAUUCGCUGCUCCACUCUAGAAUGCAGUUUCUGCCUCGCCUCCUCCAUCGCCUGUCCGUCUCUUCCGCUGCUUUCACUCCUCUCUUCCUUCGCUCGCAUCUCGCCUCCCGAUCUCCCUCAAGAAGUCCGCGCUCCACUCCGAAGAUGACUCCUCCGAGCGCGCCCAGCCAGACGGGUCCGUCUGCCUGCCCAGGGACGCCCGAGAAGACACCCUGCUCUGGGGCUUCCCUCCUGAGGGUCUGCCCCCUCUAAAGGGGACCCCCAGCAAAGCUGCCGGUCUCGUCCAGAUCAAGUACUGCAGACCUUAUCUUCUGGACCAAGAGCACAGCAAGAGAGAAGAUCUCAACAGUUCAGGUGUCUUACUGCAGCCAUAUCCUGAGAUAUAGUUUAAGAUGGAGCAGGAGAUCUCUAAGGUGCAGAGGAAGAUGUCCGACCUGGAGUCGGUGCUCCAACAGAAGGAUGUUGAGCUGAAAGCCUCCGAGACCCAGAGGACCAUUCUCGAGCAGGACCUGGCCACCUACAUUACGGAGUGCAGCAGUCUGAAGCGCAGUCUGGAGCAAGCGCGAAUGGAGGUGUCUCAGGAGGACGAUAAAGCUCUACAGCUGCUCCAUGACAUCCGUGAGCAGAGCAACAAAUUACAGGAAAUUAAAGAGCAGGAGUACCACGCCCAGCUGGAGGAGAUGCGUGCAUCCAUCCGUCAGCUGGAGGAGAACCUCUCGGCCGCCCGCCGCCGCAGCGACCUGUACGAGUCCGAGCUGAAGGAGUCGCGCCAGACGAGCGAGGAGCUGAAGAGGAAGGCGGCGGACUACCAGCAGAGGAUCCAGAAGGCCAAGGAGCAAGGCAAGGCAGAGAUCGAGGACCUCCUCGCAAAGCUUCAGAAGACCAAUGAAGAACAGCAAUCGAAAAUCGAGGAGCUUCAGGACAAGCUUGCCAAGGCAGUGAAGGCGAGCACAGAAGCGACCGAGCUCCUGCAGAACGUGCGCCAGGCUAAAGAACGCCUGGAGCAGGACGUGGAGCGCGUGCAGACCCGUGAGGACUCCACGGACAGCCUGCGCAGACGUCUGCGGGAGACCGAGGAUGGCAGGAAGACCCUAGAGAACCAGGUGAAGAGGUUGGAGAUGGUGGAGCGCAGGGAGACCAAACUGAAAGAGGAUAUCCAGACCAAGUCCCAGCAGAUCCAACAGAUGGCUGACAAGAUCAUGGAACUGGAGGAGAACUUGCGUGAAACUCAAGCCGCAGCCCAGCGCAUGGAAACCCAUCUGGAACAGAAGGAGAAGUUGUACGAGGAUAAGAUCAAGGUUUUGGAGACUCAGAUGAAGGCUGACUUGGCUAACAAGGAUCUCCUGGAGUCAAAGCAGAGCGUAUAUGAGGAGGAAGCUCUGGAGAAGGGCAAACUGAUCAGUGAACAGUCGGCAACAAUCAAUGCUAUGGAGUCAAAGAUGACAAGCUUGGAGCAGAGAAUUGCUGAGCUCUCUGAGGCCAACAAGCUGGCAGCCAACAGCAGUAUCUACACGCAGAAGAACAUGAAAGCCCAGGAGGAAAUGAUAUCGGAACUGAGGCAGCAGAAGUUCUACCUGGAGUCUCAGGCAGGCAAGCUGGAGGCGCAGAACGCCAAGUUGGAGGAGCACCUGGAGAAGAUGAGCCAGCAGGAACAGACCAACAAGAGCCGAAUCCUGGAACUGGAGGCCAGGCUCAGGGAGAUCGGCCUGGAGCAUGAGGAGCAGAAGCUGGAACUCAAAAGGCAGGUGUCGGAGCUGACACUCUCGCUGCAGGAGCGCGAGGCGCAGAUCAGCAGCAUGCAAGCGGCUCGCCACGCCCUCGAGAGCCAGCUGCAGCAGGCCAAGACCGAGCUGGAGGAGACCACGGCCGAGGCCGAGGAGGAGAUCACCGUCCUCCGGGCCCAUCGAGAUGAAAUCCAGCGAAAGUUCGAUGCCCUGAGAGACAGCUGUGCGGUGAUCACGGACCUGGAGGAACAGCUGACCCAGCUGACGCAGGAGAACGGCGAGCUGAACCGGCAGAACUUCUACCUGUCCAAGCAGCUGGACGAGGCCACGGACGAGAACGAGGAGAGACUGCAGCUGAGCCAGGAGGUGGACCGCCUCCGCAGAGAAGUGGCUGAUAGGGAGAUGCACCUCAACAACCAGAAACAGAACAUCGAGACCCUGAAGACGACAUGCACGAUGCUGGAGGAGCAGGUGUUGGAGCUGGAGACGCUGAACGACGAGCUGCUGGAGAAGGAGCGUCAGUGGGAGGGCUGGAGGAGCGCCCUGGAGGAGGAGAAGGAGCAGGCGGAGCGCCGCACACGAGACCUGCAGAGACAGCUGGACAGCGAGAAGCAGAACAGGUUGCGGGCUGACCAGCGUAGCUCCGAGUCUCGGCAGGCUGUGGAGCUGGCAGUGCAGGAGCACAAGGCCGAGAUCCUUGUGCUGCAGCAAGCCCUGAAAGACCAGAAGCUGAAAGCAGAGGGCCUGUCUGAUACGCUGAGCGACCUGGAGAAGAAGCACACCAUGCUGGAGAUGAACGCGCGCAGUCUGCAGCAGAAGCUGGAGACGGAGCGCGACCUGAGGCAGAGGCUGGUGGACGAGCAAGCGAAGCUGCAGCAGCAGUUGGACAUGCAGAAGAGCCACAUCUUCAGGCUGACUCAGGGCCUGCAGGACGCGCUGGACCAGACGGACCUGCUGAAGACCGAGAGGACAGACCUGGAGUACCAGCUGGAGAACAUACAGGCGGCGUACUCUCAUGAGAAGGUGAAGAUGGAGGGCACCAUCACCCAGCAGACCAAGCUGAUAGACUUCCUGCAGGCCAAGGUAGACCACCCCUCUAAGAAGAAAAAGGGCCUCUUCGGGGGCAGGCGGCGCGAGGACCUGCUGGCGGCGCUGGCGACCCAGGGCCAGGCGCCGGUGCCAACCGUGCCCGUGGUGACGCCCGUGCCCCUGCAGUACAGCGACAUGAAGGCGGCACUGGACAAGGAGCGUGCCCGCUGCUCCGAACUGGAGGAGGCCCUGCAGAAGACACGCAUGGAACUCCGAGAGGCCAUGCAGUUUAAUAAGGCGCUGGAACACGGCGGGACCCCCGCCACCCCCGGUCUGGCCCGCCAGCAGAUCAUGAUGUCCACCAAGUCCAGCAAGUCUCCCGAGCACCAGGCCAACCCGCCCAGCCUGGUGCCCUCCAGCUCGGGCCGCAGGAAGGAGAACGCCAAUCCCGAGGAAAGGAGAGCCACUUCUGAAAAGUACGCACGGCGGGUGAAGGACCGGCUCUAUCACAGUGCCCACGGGGCCCACAACACCCCCCACCGCUUCACCCAGGGCCUCAACAUGAGGGCAGCCAAGUGCACCGUGUGUCUGGACACUGUUCACUUCUCCCGGCAGGCUGCCACCUGUAUCGAAUGUCACGCCCUGUGCCACCCGAAAUGCUCGCCAUACCUGCCGGCCACGUGCGGCGUGCCCACCGAGUACGCCCUGCACCUGGCCGAGGCGCUGGGUCGGGAGAAGGGCGCCUCCUCGGCCCUGCAGCUCAAAGACGCCGGCGCCCACAUGAGGCUGGAGGGCUGGAUGAAGCAGCCCAGGAACGUGAAGCGCGGGCAGGGCUGGGAGAGGAAAUAUGUGGUGCUGGAUGGGAACAAGGUCCUCACUUACGACACCGAGCCCAGAGAAGAGUCGGUGAAGCCCGUGGACGAGUUUGACCUGUGCGUGGCGGACGGGGAGGUGAUCGUGCAUAGCGCUGUGGGGGGCUCGGACCUCACCAACACCACCAAGGCGGACGUGCCCUUCGUGCUGAAGCUGGAGUCGGUGCCCCAUGCGUCGUGCUGGCCAGCACAGACCCUCUUCCUCAUGAGCUCCAGCUUCCCAGAGAAGCAGCGCUGGGUGGCCGUACUGGAGGCCAUCGUGGCCAGCGCCCGGGGCUCCCGCGAGAAGGCUGAGGCAGACGCGAAGUUGCUAGGUAACUCCCUGCUCAAACUGGAAGGGGAGGACAGACUGGACAUCAACUGCACUCUUCCCUUCACUGAUCAGGUUGUGUUGGUGGGCUCGGAGGAGGGUCUGUACGCCCUGAACGUCAUUAAGAACUCUCUGACUCACAUCCCGGGCCUUGGCUCCGUGUUCCAAAUACACAUCAUCAAAGAGCAGGAGAAGCUGCUCAUGAUAGUCGGGGACGAGAGGGCCCUUUGCCUGGUGGAGAUCAAGAAGGUGAAGCAGUCCCUGUCUCAGUCCCACCUCCCCACGCUGCCUGAGAUCGUUCCGUACAUCUUCGAGACAGUCAAGGGCUGCCAUCUCUUCGCGGCAGGCAGGAUCGAGAACGGCUCGUGCAUCUGUGCCGCCAUGCCCAACAAGGUCACGGUUCUGCGCUACAACGACAAUCUCAGCAAGUUCUGCAUCCGCAAGGAGAUUGAAACCCUGGAGCCCUGCAGCUGUGUCCACUUCACCACCUACAGCAUCAUCAUCGGCACCAACAAGUUCUACGAGAUCGAGAUGAAGCAGUACGUGCUGGAGGAGUUCCUCGACAAGAACGACGCAUCUCUGGCUUCCGCCAUGUUCAACGCAUCCUCCUACAGUUUCCCCAUUGCCAUCAUGCAGGUGUCCAGCACCCCUCAGAAAGAGGAAUAUCUGCUCUGCUUCCAUGAGCUCGGAGUGUUUGUGGACGCGUAUGGCCGAAGAACACGCUCAGACGAGCUCAAAUGGAGUCGUCUUCCUCUGACGUUUGCCUACAGAGAGCCAUACCUGUUCGUGAUCUAUUUCAACUCACUGGACGUUAUUGAACUUCAAGGACAUGCAGCUCUUGGGCCUCCUGCAGUCGCUCAUCUGGACAUCCCAAACCCGCGCUACCUGGGCCCGGCCAUCUCAUCUGGCGCCAUCUACCUUGCGUCCUCCUACCAGAACAAACUGAGGGUGAUCUGCUGCAAGGGGCACGUGGUCCGAGAGUCCGGGGAGCUCCAGAGGACGGGUUCUAGCAGGAGCAGUCCGAACAAGCGCGGUCCGCCCACGUACAACGAGCACAUCUCCAAGAGGCUGGCCUCGGGCCCCGGGGCUCAGGAGGGCGGCCUGCACCGCGAGCCCAGCACGCCACACCGCUACCGCGAGGGCCGCACCGAGUUCCGGAGGGACAAGUCUCCGGCUCGGCCGCUGGACCGGGAGAAGUCGCCCGGGCGCACCGUGCUGGACAGCCGCAGGGAGAGGUCGCCAGGGAGGCCGUUCGACGAACGCGAAAGAGACAGGGACCGCUCGCGCCUCCACACUAGCUCAGUCCGCACCCAGCUCACACCCGUCAACAAGGUUUGGGACCAGUCAUCAGUGUGAGAGCGCCCUGGACAGCGGGAGUAAGAGCCAUGGUCCACUCCCAGCACGGAUGGACGUGCCACUUAACAGGCUCCUCAUUUAACACAGCUAUCCCAUCAUCCCAUUGCUGUACCAUGAGCACAACCACGUUGUCAUUUUUAUCUUUUUUUUUAAAGCUGUUGUCCAAACAUACUCGCACUUGGACAUUUUGCUCACAUAUGUGCAUAAUUAUGCCAAUUUCUUGACGAGGGCCCCUGAUUAGUGGAAGAUUGUAAACAAUAGCGAAUAACUUUAGCAGCCCUAAAUUACUUUAAAUAAUUCUGAGCACAUCAUCAUUGUAAAUAUGAUUCCAACUUUUAUAGCUUAAAGGUAUGCUAGUUGAAUGACAUAGCCAGGUCUAUUUUUUAUGAAAAAUCUGUUUGUAUAGAGUUAAAAGAGGUUUCCUACAGAGAAGCUUAUGUUUUCACUUUCACACAUCUGCUCUAACAGUCCUUACAAUCAAGCUGGAUGCUUACAAUCAAGCUGUCUUUUUUUGUCCGAAAAUUUUGUAAGAGCUGAGACACAGCCUCGCUCAGUACUGCAUAUGCUCUAUGCUAAAAUAACUCUACGCUUAUGGAACCGAAGACUGGUCAUGCGCUUCGCUACAAGUGUCCUUGUGUUGUUACAGUAAUUGCAUAGCAUUUCGUUGAUACAGUAUAAACAGAGUAUUUGCUUUCAUUGAUACACUGUUGACUCCAAGAAGCGUACUGGGCUCUUCUGGAAGUUUCCGCUGCUUAUUGUACAGAUGUUGUUAUUCUGUAUGGUGAACUAACGUCCAGUAGCCCUCAGGGUCUGUAUAAGAACUAUUACUGCUUCCUUAUUGUGUCACACACUUUAAGCAGUUAUGUGAAUGUUCACGUCACACGCAUGAGCUCCCGAUUCCUCAGUUUUGGGAAGUCGUGUCAUGUAGCCACUUGAUAUGGAUUGUUAUACAUAUUGAUGUUUGAAAACUUUGUUUUGUUUUGUUUUUUUUUUUAAAGAUGUUAAAGUACAUUAAAACAUUACAAAGUUA